AUGAAGCCCCACUGCGGGCCAGAGGAGGCCCGACGGCCGACCUCAGACAUCCGCGUGUUCGCCAGCAGCUGCACGCUGCACGGGCUGGGCCACGUCUUCGGCCCCGGGGGCCUGACGCCGCGCCGCGCACUGUGGGCCCUGGCCGUGCUCCUGUCGCUGGCCGUCUUCCUCUACCAGGUGGCGGGCCGCGUGCGCUACUACAGGGAGUUCCACCACAAGACGACCCUGGACGAGUGCGAGAGCCACCGCCUCACCUUCCCGGCCGUGACCCUGUGCAACAUCAACCCGCUGCGCCGCUCGCGCCUCACGCCCAACGACCUGCACUGGGCCGGGCCCACGCUGCUGGGCCUGGAGCCGCACGAGCACGCCGCCUUCCUGCGCGCCCUGGGCCGGCCCCCCGCGCCGCCCGGCUUCAUGCCCAGUCCCACCUUCGACAUGGCCCGACUCUACGCCCGGGCCGCGCACACCCUGGAGGACAUGCUGCUGGACUGCCGCUUCCGAGGCAGGCCGUGCGGGCCCGAGAACUUCACCACGAUCUUCACGCGGAUGGGCCAGUGCUACACAUUUAACUCUGGCACCAACGGGGCCGAGCUUCUCACCACACCCCGGAGCGGUGCAGGCAAUGGGCUGGAGAUCAUGCUGGACGUCCAGCAGGACGAGUAUCUGCCCGUGUGGAAGGACACAGAGGAGACCCCAUUUGAGGCGGGCAUCCGAGUGCAGAUCCACAGCCAGGAGGAGCCGCCCAGCAUCGACCAGCUGGGCUUUGGGGUGGCCCCAGGCUACCAGACCUUCGUGUCCUGCCAGCAGCAGCAACUGAGCUUCCUGCCCCCGCCCUGGGGCGACUGCAGCUCCGUGUCUCUGGACCCUGACUUUGAGCAGGAACCAUCUGGUCCCCUGGGUGCCCCGAGCCCCACCCCAGGCCCUAGCCCUCCCUAUACCCUAAUGGGGUGUCGCCUGGCCUGCGAAAGUCGCUACGUGGCUCGGAAGUGCGGCUGCAGAAUGAUGCACAUGCCGGGCAGCGCGCCCGUGUGCAGCCCCCAGCAGUACAAGGACUGCGCCUACCAGGCGCUGGACGCCCUGCUGCGGAAGGACGCGUGCGCCUGCCCCACGCCCUGCGCCAGCACGCGCUACGCCAAGGAGCUCUCCAUGGUGCGCAUCCCCAGCCGCGCCGCCGCGCGCUACCUGGCCCGGAAACACAACCGCAGCGAGGCCUACAUCGCGGAGAACGUGCUGGUGCUGGACAUCUUCUUCGAGGCCCUCAACUACGAGACGGUGGAGCAGAUGAGGGCCUACGAGGUGUCGGAGCUGCUCGGCGACAUUGGGGGCCAGAUGGGGCUGUUCAUCGGGGCCAGCCUGCUCACCAUCCUCGAGAUCCUGGACUACCUCUGCGAGGUGCUCCGAGAUAGGGUCCUGAGAUACUUCUGGCACCGCAAGCGCUCCCAAAGGCACGCCAGCACCAACCUGCUUCAGGAAGGGCUGGGCAGCCACCAAACCCAAGCCCCCCACCUCAGCCUGGGCCCCAGCGCUGCGGUCUCUUCCCCAGGCCCCCCACCCCUCCCUGUGCUGUCACCAAGACGCUCUCUGCCUCCCACCGCACCUGCUACCUGGUCACGCGGCUCUAGCGCCCAUGACUGUGCCCGGGCCACACCUGCGCGCCCCGGACGUGACUGGCCUGCCUGGCCUUGCCACCUUCACCUUAAAUAAAGUUCUGGUGCGUCA